UGAAGACACCCAAUCAGCACCGUGAGCCUGUAGCCUUUGAAAAUUAGCAUAGACAGAGAAUAAAUACUUCUUCACCAGCGCAGAUCGUUACAUACUCUGUUGUUCCGUCUUGAAGAAUCAUGCCUGAGCCAGCGAAGUCCGCGCCUAAGAAGGGGUCCAAGAAGGCCGUUGCUAAAACCGCAGGAAAGGGCGGUAAGAAACGCAAGAGGUCCAGGAAGGAGAGCUAUGCUAUCUAUGUCUACAAGGUCUUGAAGCAGGUUCAUCCUGACACCGGGAUUUCCUCUAAGGCCAUGGGGAUCAUGAACUCUUUCGUCAAUGAUAUUUUCGAGCGUAUCGCCGGUGAGUCCUCUCGUCUCGCUCACUACAACAAGCGUUCCACCAUCACAUCGAGAGAGAUCCAGACCGCCGUGCGUCUGCUGCUGCCCGGUGAACUCGCCAAACACGCCGUGUCUGAGGGAACAAAAGCCGUCACCAAGUACACCAGCUCCAAAUAAAGCUUCCAGCUUUUCAACACCCAAAGGCUCUUUUAAGAGCCACC